AAAUUAACCACUCUAUGUAUAUUCAGUAGUUCGGUUUGGCGGGCUUAUUUACAUUUCAUUAGUUUAACAUUUAAAUAAUCAAUCUCGAAUUUAUAUUUAUUUAAUACUAAAAUAAUGAAAUUUCGAGCUAUUUUAAAUGAUGUAACUUGUGUUCAGCAUCUAUCACGUAAGUAUAUUUUUUGGGCGUAUUGAAAACAGUUGAGCGAUAAUAAAAGAAAAUGAUAAAAAGUCAUGUUUUAUUUAUAUUUUUUCCAUAGAUGUCUUAUCAGCUCUUGUAAAAUUAUCCAACCCAUGGACCUUGAAACUUUCACCUAAUAAAUUUUUCUUUAUUCUUAAUCAAAGAAUUACCGAUGGGGGUAUGACUGUUUGGUGUGAACUAAUACAAACUUCCUUUUUUAGCGAAUAUGCUAUGGAAGGAGUCAAUCAUGAAGAUGCUAACGAAAUAUUACUUGAGCUGCAAUUAGAGCAGCUUGUGAAUGUUUUAAAAACUUGUUUGAAAGGAUGCCAAUCUGUAAAAUUAAAACUAACAAACGCCCAUGGACCCUGUAUGACUGUUAUUAGCAGAAAUUCGUUAUCAGCUGAAGUUUGUAGUGAAAAUCACGUUCCGAUUACGGUAAUACCAAGGAAAGAUUGGAAAUAUUUUCAAGAACCAUCUAGUCCUGAUAUAGAUGCAUCUAUUUAUUUACCUAAAAUGACCAUCUUUAAAAACGUAGUUGAUAGGAUGCACAGUCUUCAUGAUAAAAUCGGCAUCCACCUUCAGAUCUUAUCGGCCAACCAUAAUGGAGAAUUAGAAGUUUGUGUCGAUGCUGAUUUAGUGACGGUUAAAACACACUUUAAGAAUCUGGAGCAUCCUCGAUGGUCGGGAGAUUCUCAAGAGAGCCAAACAAGAAACACUCAACAAAAUAGAGAAUUUCAUAGCGUAACUGUUGAUAGUAAUAAACUUCUACUCUUUCUUCUCAGCGAGCAGCUAUCGCCUGAUAAAAUAGCCUGCAGUUAGUAAGAUAUAAAAUUAAUACCUUCUUUAUUAAUGUCUAAUUUACUACGAUUUUUUCCCGCAGAUAUCAAACAGGACAUGGUCGCCCAUCUAAUACUUUUGCACCGAGAUUUGUCAAUUCAGUAUUUAAUACCAGCCUGCUUUAAUUGACUAUUUUCAAUCAUGACAUUCAACUGAGAAUAAUCAAAAAUGUAUAAAAAAGAUUAUUCUUUCGCAAUUUUAGAUGUAAUUUAAAAAAAAAAAAAGAAACAGUGACUUAAUGAAUUACAAAUGUUUCCAUAAAUUUCUUAUUUACACUAUACAGCAUAUUGAAAAGAACAUUAAACUCUCCUUUUCCUCUUAAUAAAGACGUUUUCAUUUGUUUUUUUCUAGGUCAGAUUACGAAUGUUAAAAGGUUCCAAUUCUCGUUCUAAGCCGAAGGUUUUAUUGAGUCAGAUUGCAAUAAGGAGUAAAACUGAUAGCGUUAGUUUACGGCUAAAAGCAUAUUCAUCGAAAUAUUUAGCAUAACUUUGAGUAAAUAGAUUUUAUAAAGGUCUACGCAAAAUUUUAAGGAAACCGAGUAAUAUUUUUUAAAAAAAGGCAAUAAAGUUAUAAAGUUAUAAAAGCAUACUUGGAGAAAGACUCUAUUGUUCAACUUUUAUCAUUAACUUAUUCACUAUUACAAGUAAAAAGUUUAAAUAGCGAUAAUAUCUGAAAAACAAUAUUCAUUCUCUUGUAAUAAAAUAGAAUAACGAAGACAUUCUUGAAAUAUUCUCUCCUUUUAAAUGUUUUAUAUUAUUUCUUAUCACAAUUACAAAUAGGUCUUAAAAAAUUUAUUUAUGCUUUGAAAAUAUAAACAUGUG